AUGGGAGAUUCUCAACGGAUUUCCGUUCACCGCCUUCUCGGGCAAGGCUUAGUUGCUGAUGUGGUGUUGUGGAAGAAUUGGCGUGGAGCGGCGGCGCUGCUCGUAUCUUCUUCCACAUUGUGGUACCUGUUCGAGCGAGCCGGUUACAAUUUCUUGUCCUUCGUCGCCAAUGUCGUCUUGCUUCUCGUUCUCAUUCUCUUUUUCUGGGCCAAAGCUGCUAACCUUCUCAAUCGGCCUCUUCCUCCUCUCCCCGAUCUGGAGAUCUCGGAGGAAACUGUUGCCAGGGUUGCUGAUGCAGUGCAAAUUUGGAUGAAUCGGGCUUUGACAGUUGCACAUGACAUAGCUAUUGAGAGGAAUUUGUUGCUUUGCCUCAAGGUUGUUGGUGGAUUGUGGGCAAUAUCUUUCGUCGGUAGUUUGUUCAACUUUUUGACUUUGAUCUAUAUUUGUAUUCUUCUAAGCUUGUCCCUCCCUGUGUUGUAUGACAAGUACCAGGACCAAGUUGAUGACAGACUGUGUGUUACAUAUGGGACUAUUCAGACUCAGUAUAAAAAAAUUCACAGUAUUGUUUUAAGCAAGAUUCCAAAACUCUCAAACAAAGAAAAGAAGGUGCAGUAG